UUCUCAGACUCACGGUCUCAUCUCCUCUCAAACUCAAGCUCUCAGUUUUUUCACGCAACCGUGCUUAGCGUCCACAGAGCUCCAAUCAUCCAGCAUCCAGGUUAAUCUCUUUCUGAAUCUCUUUCAUUCUCUCUCUUUCGCUCUCUCUCUCUACCUAUCCAUCUGUUUCACUCUGUUUUCCUCUGUUUCACUCAUGUUCUCUUUGUUUCCCUCUCUUUCGCUCUCUCUUCGACUCACGCUCUCUCUGUUUCGUUCUCUCUUUGACUCACGCUCUCUCUCUCUCUCUCUCUCUCCCGAAUCCACCCCCGCCAAACCCGCAUUACUGGCCCUGUUCUCGCCCACCCCGCAAACCUGAUACCCGGCAGAUAAAAUUCACUGUAGCCGAGUAACGGUUAGAAUUUCAAAACCCACAUGUUGAUGGCCGGAUGCCCGAAAUGGCCAAUACCUGGCCCUCGCCGGCCUCUACAAUAUUUAUAUUUAAAUGAUUUAAACUACGACCAACACCAUAUUCAGGUUUGUGGAAUUUCAAAGUAUUUCUGAUAAAAUUUCACCGUCAAGAAUUCAUUUGGACGGAACAUCUCCAUGAUCUUCCAUGUUGAGAAAUUCGCUAAACACAUUCAUAACCUUGUCGGUCCAACGAUAUCGUCUCGCGCUCUUUAUUCAUGUCUUUCUGCUCCGUUGGAGUCGAAAACAUUGUCCGAUCUAGACAUUGUCAUCGCUAAAAUUCCUGUUGGAAUCAGCGAAGAUGAAGUUGUUCGGUCGCUCUUGAAUGAUCAAGCAUGUAAUUGCAUAGAGUUGUCCUCUGGCCUUGUUGAUAAGUUGCUUCAUAGGUUUAAGGAUGAUUGGAAGUCUGCUUUGGGUGUGUUCAGAUGGGCAGAGUCGCGGUCGGGUUAUAGACACACACAAGAAGCAUAUGAUAUGUUGGUGGACAUAUUGGGGAAAAUGAAGCAAAUGGGUAAGAUGAAAGCUGUUCUGGAAGAAAUGGGUCAGUGUCAGCUUGUCGGGCUUAGCACUGUAGCGAAGGUGAUGAGGAGGUUUGCUGGUGCUGGGCAGUGGGAAGAGGCUGUGACGACGUUUGAUGAGUUGGGAACUUUGGGGUUGGAGAAGAAUACGGAGUCUAUGAACUUGUUGCUCGACACCCUUUGCAAAGAGAACAAGGUUGAGCAGGCGCGCGAGGUGUUCUUGGAGCUCAAGCCACAUAUUUUACCGAAUGCUCACACGUUUAACAUUUUCAUUCAUGGUUGGUGCAAAAUGAAUCGGGUUGAUGAGGCGCAUUGGACUAUACAGGAGAUGAGGGGAAACGGGUGUCUCCCUUGUGUCAUUAGCUACUCAACAAUCAUUCAGUUUUAUUGCCGGCAAUCUAAAUUUUCUAAGGCCUAUGAGCUGCUUGAUGAAAUGCAAGCUCAGGGGUGCCCACCGAAUAUUGUUACUUUCACCACUAUUAUGUGUUCACUGACAAAGUCGGAGGAGUUCGAGGAAGCGUUGCAUAUUGUCGACAGAAUGAGAUCGGUUGGGUGUAAACCUGAUACGCUCUUCUACAAUGCAUUGAUCCAUACUCUCGGGAGAGCUGGCCGGGUAGAGGAGGCUGUUCGUGUUUUUGAGGUGGAGAUGCCCAACACUGGGGUUAGCCCAAAUACGUCAACCUGUAAUUCAAUGAUUGCUAUGUUUUGCCAUCAUGGUCAGGAACAAAAAGCCUUGAAUGUCCUCAGGUACAUAGAAAAAUCAGGCCUUUGUAAGCCUGAUGUUCAGACAUACUACCCGUUGCUCAAGGUGUGCUUUAAAACUGGGAAUACGGACAGUUUUUUGAGUAAAUUAUUGGAUGACAUGGUCAAUAAGCAUCACCUUUGUCUUGAUAUAUCAACCUAUGCACUUCUUAUUCAUGGGCUUUGCCGAGCAAAUAAAUGUGAGCGGGCUUACUCACUCUUUGAGGAGAUGAUUGGUCAAGGAAUCUCUCCUAGAUAUCAGACAUGCCGUUUGCUAUUGGAUGAAGUCAAACAGAAGAGUAUGUAUGAUGCUGCUGAAAGGAUUGAAGGUUUGAUGAAAAAGUUAUAAGUUGUUCGAGUAACAAGCAUGUCAAGGCAAAGAGAAUUGGCAUUUUAGUGUAGUAUCAUCAAAGGCAUAUCAACAAAGCAGGCAAGGCCACAGGACAUCUGCCAUCAGUGGCAGUAUUCCAAAUAAGAGCUUUGGAAGGAUUGGGAAUAUUCAUGUACGAAAGGUAUUAAUACUCAGUAGGAUGCACACGAAGACUGUCAAUUGUGGGACAUAUUAAGUUCAUGCUUUCCCAUGUCACCUACUUGAUAAACAACUUGCAUUUGAUGGACUGGGAAGAAAAAGCAAUGUUUUUUUUCCUCGUGGAGAAUUUUAAAUGCAUCUGCGUAUAACUAAUUGAGGAUUCAGCAAACCAUCUUAAUUGGAAUCACAAAUGAUCAUCAUAAGACUGUAAGGAACAUUCUCCUAUUUGUUUAUCCUGAUAUAAGUUCAUCCAUUCUGAAUGUUAUGGGUGCAGAAAAUGGUUUCAGUUUCUAUUUUUUUUUU